AUGUGCAUCCAGAUCAACACACGGUAUCGGACAUGCAGCCACACGCAAUUCCAGAACGUUUUUAGGUGCCACCAAGCAAGGCUCCACGACGACAGUCAGGUGCCGAGAGCGCCGCAGAGCGCGUCAUCCAUCAAGUCCGACAGCUCUGGGGCCCGCGAGUUCAUGUCCCUUCCGAGCACGCCAGGAACGCCAGGCACCAUGUCAACGACGAGGACCGACUACGAAGGGCUAGUUCUCGCCUCGCCGGUGACGGUGCCGGAGAGACAAAUGUUUGACAACACGAGGGUGCGGUGCGUUUGGGCGCCGACAAGAGUUGCGACGAGACCCAAGGAGGGCAUGUGCGCAGACGAUGAUAUGAAGAAGAAGGGUUAUUUGAGCUGCCGCGCUCUUCCUACUAUCGUGAUGGCUACUAAGAAGAGCCGUCAGCGUAUCAGUUAUGUAAUCGAAUCUCCGAAAGCGUCGGCCGGACAUAAGCUAGGCGUCAACGGCCUCGCAGUUGACCCGGAUAACUCCAUUCUCUAUUCCGGUGGCCGAGAUGGCGUCAUCUGCGCCUGGGACCUCAAUCUCGACCUCAAGGCACCCCGUUCGUCGUCUACCGUCGAUCAACCGAAUGGCCGGUCCACGUCCUCGCCCACCACUUUUCGAUCCCAAGCGAUCGCCCACAUGGGCUGGAUCAACGAUAUUGUUCUCGCCCAGAACAACACCGCCCUUGUGUCGGGUUCCUCCGACCUGACCGUCAAGGUAUGGCGACCGCAUUCGCAAGAGCAGGCCAUACCCCAGACUAUCGGCGAACAUGCAGACUAUGUCAAGGUCGUUGCUGCUCCACCUUCAGAUAUAGGCGCGCCUUGGGUUGCCUCCGGAGGUCUCGACCGCCGAAUCAACCUUUGGGACCUCAACGGCGGCGGAAAGGUUCUCUCCAUCGACUGCAGCGGCGAGGAAAACACGGAGAAGGGAUCCGUGUACGCGCUCUGCGCCGGUCGGAACCUUAUAGCCAACGGUGGGCCCGAGUCAACUGUGAGGCUAUGGGAUCCAAAGUCGGGAAAACGCGUGACCAAAUUUGUUGGUCAUACAGCUACCAUCAGAUCCAUCCUCAUCAACGAUGCCGGCGAUCUCGUCUUGACUGGCAGCUCAGAUCAGACCAUCAAGCUAUGGAGCGUCACAGCCGGUCGGUGCAUGUACAACUUUACCAUGCACAACGAAAGCGUUUGGUCGUUGUUUUCAGAAUCGCCCGACCUUGGAGUGUUCUACAGCAGUGAUAGGUCUGGGCUAGUUGUCAAGACAGACGUCAGAGGAUCGCUCGACCACAUGGACGACGGGCUGAGUCUGGCUGUAGCCAAGGAGACUGAUAGCGUGCACAAAGUCAUCGCCUGUGGAGACCACAUCUGGACGGCCACGCCUAGUUCGUCUAUCAACCGGUGGGCCAGUGUCCCAACCGGCUCCGACGUUCAGCUCCCCGAAGUCUACCGGCAUCACAGAGCUUCAUCCACCGCGUCUCGCUCGGCGAUGCAGGCAGCUCAAUCCGGGCAAGGAGGCGCCCGUGCCGCCCCCAAGGAGAUCUCGCCAAAGAGCAUCCUCCGCAUUUCGAACACGGCGUACUUCCCCCUCAGCUUUCGCGGGACGAAAACCAUCGAAGGCCAAUUCGGCUUGCUUAAAUAUAAACUGCUGCACGACAGGCGCCGCGUUCUCACUGUUGAUACCGCAGGGGAGGUGGUGUUGUGGGAUCUCAUCCAGUGCAAACCCAUCCAAACGUUUGGAAAGCGGCAUCUCGAGGAUGUAGAGCCGAGUGUCAACCAGGUCGAGGCCGUCGCACCUUGGUGUUCCAUUGAUACUAGUUCCGGUAGCAUAACGGUCACCUUGGAUCCAUUUAAUUGCUUUGACGCGGAGGUGUACGCGGACGAACUCACGCUGGAGAAUGCCGACGACUUUAGGGAAGACCAGAGAAUCAACCUUGGCAAAUGGGUAUUGCGAUAUCUAUUUGCUGGCGCGAUUGACGAGGAAAUUAAGAGGGAUGCGGUAUAUCGGCGCAACUUUAACACAGCAAUCGAAAAGAGGUUAGCGAGCACAAGGAUGAGCCCACCACUCUCCAUCUCCCUGCCCGAGCGAGGCAUCGGAUUUGAACAAUCCGGAAGCAUGGCAACCCCGCGAGCGUCCGGCCAAAACUAUCCCCUCAUGACGCCUGGCCUCCAGAUAGGGCUUGCUACUCCUCACCCGGGUGGUGGCGAUACGGCGACACCAACCCCUGCCGUUCCAGACUUGCCGUCAUCCCAGGUACUAAAACCAGUGGCAACCACUCCCGCGGUUCCUACGGCGGAGGCGACGACGGGUGAUGCAAAGCCUGCAGAUGCGGACAAAGACAAGGCAGAAAAUGGACCCAAGGCGCCUAGCACGCCGUUUGGCAAGAAGUUUCGCAUGGGCAUACCUUUUUCUAAGAAAGCCAGGUCAGCAUCUACAACGGCCGAUAAGCCUGCCAUAGCGGAGGACAAGCCGGUCGACGACUCGGAGGGCUCGCUGAAUCUUCAUGAGAAGGAGGUGGAUGACAGCUUCUUCGGUGUUGUUCAGAGAAUCCGUAACGAGUAUGACAAGCAGCUCGCGGCAAACCCCGAUUUCCUCCUGGAUAGCCGUAUCACGCCUGCUCUUCCGAGCGAGACACCACAUCUUGGCCUACCCAAGGGUACUAAAGUGAUCAUCAAAGAAGAGACUGGUGGCGAGAGCUCCAACGUCUAUGUUGGCACCAUCGAAACCAUUGGCCGCGACACGGACGUUAUCGAACAAAAGGGGGCCAUGUGGCUUGGCGACCUCUUGUUGCAGAACCAAGUGCCCUUCAAGGAACCGGUCAAGGUGUCGUUCGUGCUUCUCCCUUACAAGGACGAGCUUCCGCCCUUACCUAGCUCGGACAACAACAAUAGACUCAACGCCAAUCGUAUGUUGAGAGUGCGCAAGAUUCUUUCGUAUAUCGCGGAGAAGAUUGAUUCAGACUGGGAGGAUCCGGAAUCGGUACCGGCAGAUGCGAUGAAGCCCGAGGAGUAUCUAGAACUAUAUUGCAAUGAUCAGUUGCUUCCGAAUGCGAUGAGUUUGGCGACCUUGCGCGCACACCUCUGGAAGGGUGGCACCGACGUGGUGCUGUACUACCGCUCCAACGGACGCAAAGCGAUCCGACUUCGCACACCAGUUCCGGCAGAGCCACCGUCUGCGCAAGAGGAGGCAACGACAGCGGAGGAAGAGCCGAAUGCGACGACAGGGGCGUAA